AUGGCUUUUCAACUAAACUUUAGUGCUCCUACCAUGCAAUUUGGAGCUGAGGGGGAUGCUAGCUUCAAACGAAAAUGGAACUCAGUAUCAUCGGCUUCUGAAAAUGUAAAUGGAUGCUUCGAUUGCAGCAUUUGUUUAGACUCAGCUCAUGACCCCGUGGUCACCCUUUGUGGCCAUUUAUACUGCUGGCCCUGUAUUUACAAAUGGCUCCAGAUCCAGAGCUCCUCAUUUGAGUCAGAUGCGCAACAUAAAUGUCCAGUUUGCAAGGCUUAUAUCUCGACCUCCUCAUUGGUUCCCCUCUAUGGACGAGGUACAUCGUUGUCUGAAUCCAAAGCCAAGAAACCCCAAUUGGAUUUGACCAUACCCCACCGGCCACCUGCAGCUGGAUUGGAUACUCUGCUCGCUGCAAAUCAGCAACGUAAUCAUCCCAAUCUUUUUCAGCCACAGCAGCCGUCAUCAUUUCACGACCAGCAAUAUUUCCCGCACCCUCUUGGUAAUUAUGUUUCAACGAUGCCGUCUAGCAUUGGGGGCACUGCAACGACCAGUCAUUUCAGUCCAACAGUUAAUAUGAUUGGUGAACUUGUAUUUGCUAGGAUUUUUGGGAGCUCAGACACGAGUCUAUUUGCUUAUCCUUAUCCGAAUUCGUACCUUAUUCCAGGAAAUAGUAGUCCAAGGUUGAGAAGACAAGAAAUGAAGCUGCACAAGUCUCUUAACAGAGCACCUGGUGAGGCUCAAUCCAGCAAGCUUGAUGGGUGGUCAGUUUACGUGAGGUCUGAUGAUGACGAGGUUAGAACUUCAAAGUAA